AUGAUCGCGUCCUCCCUCCUCCCGUCCCGAUUCAGGGGCGAGCAGCCUGCCUCAAAGGCCGAGCCGCCCUCUUGGCUCAACACCAAGAUCUCGCCCUUCCUACAGGUCGUCUCCAAGCUGACGGCCUCGCACCCGAUCCAUACUGUUGUCGUGGUUGCCCUCCUGGCCAGUUCGAGCUACCUCGGACUGCUCGAGGAGAGGCUGUUCGAUGCUACAAGGACUGUUAGGAAGGCCGAUUGGGCGUCCCUGGCCGAGGGCAGCCGUAGCCUUCGCGCCGGUCCCGACUCGAGCUGGAAAUGGCAGACCUGGGACAUAGAUUCCGAGACUGUCGACGAUGCCGACCACCUCGCUCUUCUCACCUUCGUCUUUCCCGAGUCCUUCUCCACCGAUCCGCCAAGAACUGCCGAGUCACUGAAGACGAUCCCGAUCCCACAGAACCUGUCCAUCACGCCCCUGCCGUCGACCUCCAACUCUCUGACCGCCUAUUCGCAAGAGAUCUCCAUGGCCCUUGCUGUGCCGUACAACCAGGCCCCUGCGUUCCUUGCCGCUGCGCAGGAGCUCCCAAGUGAUCUCCCCAGCCAGGAGACAAGACGCACUGGUGAUGGCGAGGAGAACAAGAUGUGGAUCAUGAAGGCGGCGAGGGUGAACCCCCGGAGCAGUAUCGCCAGGUGGGCGCACAACGCCUGGUACGAUUUCAUCGACCUGCUCAAGAACGCCGAGACGCUCGAUAUCAUCAUUAUGGUUCUCGGGUACAUGUCGAUGCAUCUGACCUUUGUCUCCCUGUUUCUGUCCAUGCGCCGUCUGGGAUCCAACUUCUGGCUCGCCGCAAGCACCCUCUUCUCCUCAGCCUUCGCCUUCAUGUUCGGCCUGAUCGUCACCACCAAGCUCGGUGUUCCUAUCUCAAUGGUCCUGCUCUCUGAGGGUCUUCCGUUCCUGGUCAUCACCAUUGGGUUUGAGAAGAACACUACCCUCACCCGCGCUGUCCUGACACACUCCAUCGAGCACAAGGCUGCACAGGCAAAAAAGGGCAAAGACCGCAAAAUUGAGAACUCCAACGCCAUCCAGUCUUCCAUCCAGGUUGCCAUCCGGGAGAAGGGUUUCGAGAUUGUAAAGGACUACGUUAUCGAGAUUGUGGUCCUCGUCAUUGGAGCUGCUUCUGGCGUGCAGGGAGGACUUCAGCAGUUCUGCUUCCUCGCCGCCUGGAUCCUGCUGUUCGACUGCAUCCUGCUCUUCACCUUCUACACCGCUAUCCUCUGCAUCAAGCUGGAGAUCAACCGCAUCAAGCGCCAUGUCGAGAUGCGCCGCGCUCUGGAGGAUGACGGAAUCAGCCACCGUGUUGCUGAGAAUGUGGCUCAGAACAAUGACUGGCCCAGGGCCGACGGCAAAGGCCAGCCUGGCACCUCGCUGUUCGGUAGAAAGAUCAAGAGCACGAGUGUCCCCAAAUUCAAGGUUCUUAUGGUCGGCGGAUUCGUCCUCAUCAACGCCAUCAACCUCUGCACCAUCCCGUUCCGCGAGACCGACUCCCUGUCCAGCAUCUCGUCCUGGGCUGGCGGUCUUGGCGGUCUGGUCGCCAACCCGCCCGUUGAUCCUUUCAAGGUCGCCUCCAAUGGGCUGGACAGCAUCCUGGCGCAGGCCACUGCCAACCACCAGGAGGUUGCGGUCACCAUCCUGACGCCGAUCAAGUAUGAGCUUGAGUUCCCAUCUGUGCACUACGGCAAGGAUGUUGAGAAGGCCCCCGAGGACGUUGAAGACAUGGGCUACGGAGUGGGCGGCCGUAUGGUCGGAGGCGUUCUCAAGAGCCUGGAGGACCCAGUGCUGUCCAAGUGGAUUAUGAUUGCCUUGGCCUUGAGCGUCGCCUUCAACGGAUAUUUGUUCAACGCUGCUCGAUGGGGCAUUCGGGAUCCCAAUGUUCCCACGCGCCCGAUUGAUGUUAAGGAGCUUGCCCGGGCCCAGAAGUUCAACGAUGCCGAUGCCACCCCCGUCACGAGCGGCUUUGAGAGGUCAUCGCGUACACCGACUGCAGACGUGAUGCCUCCCACGCCCGCCCCGACCGACGACGAGUCCGAAAAUGCGGCCAUUCAGCGCAACGCAUCUACUACGUCUAUGCUAUCCGAGGCCCCUUCUCGCCCCUAUGCCGAACUCGAGAAACUGCUUGUGGAGAAGCGCAUCGCCGAGAUGACGGACGAAGAGAUCAUCGGUCUUGCGCUCAAGGGCAAGGUGCCGGGACACAGCCUGGAGAGGACCCUCAAGGACACCACCCGGGCCGUUAAGAUCCGGCGCGCCAUCAUUGCCCGAACAAAGGCGACCACGGACAUCACCAACUCUCUCGAACGAUCCAAGCUUCCGUAUCAGGCCUACAACUGGGAUCUUGUUCUUGGCGCCUGCUGUGAGAACGUCAUCGGAUACAUGCCCCUCCCUGUUGGUGUUGCUGGACCUCUUGUCAUUGAUGGGCAGAGCUUCUUCAUUCCAAUGGCCACGACCGAGGGUGUCCUGGUUGCCAGCGCAAGCCGUGGUUGCAAAGCCAUCAACGCUGGUGGUGGCGCUGUCACGGUCCUGACUGGAGACGGCAUGACCCGUGGACCCUGUGUGACUUUUGAGACCCUGGAACGCACUGGCGCUGCCAAGCUGUGGCUUGACUCCGAGGUUGGCCAGAGCGUCAUGAAGGAUGCCUUUAACUCGACCAGCCGCUUCGCGCGACUUGAGGCCAUGACAUCCACCAUCGCCGGCACGAACCUGUACAUUCGCUUCAAGAGCCGGACGGGCGACGCCAUGGGCAUGAACAUGAUCUCCAAGGGCGUCGAGCACGCACUGCGCGUCAUGGCUACGGAUCACAACUUUGGAGACAUGCAGAUCGUCUCGCUGUCCGGCAACUACUGUAUCGACAAGAAGCCUGCUGCCAUCAACUGGAUCGAGGGCCGAGGCAAGAGUGUUGUCGCCGAGGCCAUCAUCCCUGCUGAUAUUGUCAGGUCUGUGCUCAAGACGGACGUGGAUUCCCUGGUGCAGCUCAACAUCGACAAGAACUUGAUCGGUUCUGCAAUGGCGGCCAGUGUGGGAGGGUUCAACGCCCAUGCCGCAAACAUCGUGGCGGCCAUCUUUAUCGCAACGGGCCAGGAUCCGGCGCAGGUCGUGGAGAGCGCUAACUGCAUCACCAUCAUGAAGAAUCUCCGCGGCUCCCUCCAGAUCUCUGUGUCGAUGCCUUCCAUCGAGGUCGGUACACUUGGUGGCGGCACCAUCUUGGAACCCCAGUCUGCCAUGCUCGACAUGCUUGGCGUGCGCGGCGCUCACCCCAUCACGCCUGGCAGGAACGCGCAGCAGCUCGCCCGCGUGGUGGCUGCGACAGUGCUGGCCGGUGAGCUGUCGCUCUGCAGUGCGCUUGCUGCAGGCCAUCUUGUCCAGGCGCACAUGGCACACAACCGAUCCGCCCCGCCCACGCGGUCGAGCACACCCGCACCUCCUCCAGGACUCAUGAUGACGAGCAUGACGAGUCAGGCUGCCGUGGACAGGGCGAAGAGGUAGUCAUCCGAGCUCUCUGCAUAGCGAUUCGAACCGGCCGAGGAAUUUUAAAGAUGGGCUUUGAAGGGGAAAUAUUAUACUCCAAAGAAAAAGAAGAAAAAACCAAGCAUGGAUGCGCAAGCGUCUUCUGGACACCAAAGACGAUCCAGCAUGCGAACUGGGACUACAGUGAGUAGAAGGUGCACAGACAAUGCCCAAAGGCCUUGUUGUAGAGUCUGCUUUCAUACAAACCGCGCUGUGGACCCGAGGAAAGAAGAGAGUUUUUUACUGGCCCUGGAUGUUCUUCCCUAAUGCCUUUGACCGUGUACAUAAUCAAGCAUAGACCAAUCGAGAUACUACACAU